AACCCGCUGGACGCCGGAACAUGGCGCGGCCGCCCGCGAGCCUCGGGUCGCAGGCUUCCGACCGCGACCGAGGGGAGGCCAACGUGGUAACGCGGAUGUCGCAGUGGGCGGACAAACAUCUGCGUCUUGUCCAGAACAUCAGCACUGGAAUGGCCAUAGCUGGGAUAGUGUUACUAAUAAGGAGCGUUCGGCUGACGUCAAAAUUUACAACCUCCUCAGAUAUUCCAGUAGAAUUUAUAAGAAAGAAAGUUAAACUACGUGGCCGAUUACAGCGGAUAACUGAGUGUGGUCUAGAAAUUGAACAUGUACCUAUUACUUUACCUUUCAUAUCUUCAUGGAAACAAGAGCCGUGUGGAGUUUUGUUGGUUAAAUUGGCUGGAGUAGAACUCACUGAAGCCGGUAAGGUGUGGCUACAGAAAGAGCUGAGACCUUCCCAGCUCCUGUGGUUCCAGCUCCUCGGAAAGGAGAAUUCGGAACUCUUUUGCUACCUCUUAGUGAACAAGGGUGGAUAUUUUAAUGUGAAUCUGAAUGAGGAGAUUUUGAGAAGAGGCUUGGGCAAAACCGUUCUUGUUAAAGGGCUAAAUUACGACUCAAAAACCCACUGGAAAAUUCACAGAAACUUGCUUAAAGCUGAAUUGACAGCCUUAAAGAAAGGAGAAGGAAUCUGGAAGGAAGAGUCUGAAAAAGAAAGUUAUUUUAGAAAAUUGAAAGAUUCCUGGAGGGAGAGAUGGACAAAGGACAGUGAUUUAAAAACAGCCGGACCGGGUCUCAGCGCCACCAAAGAGGGUCAUUACAACAGGUUUUGCAGGGCUUACGGAAGCUGGAAGGACAACAUGGGCAACUACUCUUUAGUUCUGAAACUCAGAGAAUUCGUGAGCCGCUUACACUUUCGGAGGAAAGGAUGAACCUCCGUGAAGUCUGGAGUGGCCCUCCCUGAAGAGUGCCUUGGAGCUGUGAGAGCACUUUUCAUUUGACUCAAAAUGGAAAUUCCCUCAGGUGAUCACAAUCCCAGUCUCGUGGUACUUGCACAUUAUAGCCACUGUUAACAUCAGCAUCAAUGAAAGAAUGACACACUGUGAAUGUUACCCGGUAGAAGGAUGUAUAUACUCUAGAACUUAUGUUUUGCCUUUAUCUUUUCCUCCCUGCCCCCUAGUGCCAUGAAUUGAACUCAGGGUCUCAGGCACUCUGGUCUGCAGCACACCAUUACUGAGUUUUAUUACCAACCCUACAGUGGUAAUGUCUGAAGAGUAAGUUUAAGUAUUGACUUAUAUUAGUGGUUUGGGGCAGCCCAUAUUUAACAUUCGUUUUUCAAUUUUAUCAACUUUAUAAUAAAGGAAUUGUUUUAAAAAAGAUUUUCUCUCUGAGGUCACUCUCUUUCUUCAAGCAUCUUUCCAGUUACUCCUGAAUUAGGACCACUGAUCCAAGAGGUACAACCACCAUUCCUUGUAAUAAAUACAGCUAAUUUCAUUCUGUUGUUAGAUAAGAGGAUUGCCCUUAAGACAAAGAUGAGAAGGACAACACAGAGGACAGAAAGGAAGGAUCUUUAGGACAUCAUGGAGCCCCUGAACUCACCAAUUCUUGAACUACCCUGCCUUCCAACUCCUAAGUACCCAAGAGAGUAAACUGCUUAGACGGUAAGGUUAGUUUCAAGUUGGGUGUGGUGGCACCACCUGUAAUCCCAGCACUUGGUAAGUACAGACUGGAGGAGAAGAAUUCAAGGUUAUCCCUGGUGCAUACUGAAUUCAAAACCAGUUUGAGCUAAUUAAUAUGAGACUUUAUCUAAAAAUCAG